AUUACGAAUUCUCUCUCUCUCUCUCUCUCUCUCUCUCUCUCUCUCUCUCUCCCUGAAAAUGAAAUUUUCGUACAUAGCAGUGUGUGUUGUGCUUGUUCUUCUAGUGGGGGAAGGAGCCCAGAUGUCCAUGGCAGCUACUUGUAACCCAAUGGAGCUGAGCCCGUGUGCCGUCGCAAUCAUAUCAGCAAAACCACCAACUGCUGCAUGCUGCAGCAAGUUGAAGGACCAGAGGCCUUGCCUUUGCCAGUACUUGAAAGACCCAAAGCUUCAGAAGUUCAUCAACUCUCCUAAUGCAAAUAAGGUGGCUACCACCUGUGGCUCUCCCUUCCCCAGUUGCUAGACAAGUACUACUCUAGUAACUGCGUAGAAAACUAUGCAUCUAAUAGGGGUGUGAUGGGACAAUACUCCCUGGCGGAGUUGAAGUGGUAUAUCAUACCUACAUUUCAUCCGAUGUACCACAAACUUUCUUUUGUUUGCCCGCCUAAAAGUUGCCGUGCGUCGCACGGGUUCAUCCUAGUAUGUUGCUUAUUAUUGAGGUAAUGUGCUUGUGUUAAGUCUCCAAAGAUUGAUCUUUGCAUGUCUGUGUGUGUGUGCAUUGGACUUGUACUGUUAAAAAUAGGGGAUGAACUUUCCCAAGUAUGCUUGUCAGUUCAGUUUGCUUGUAAUAAAACUAGUUUAAUCCACUUUUUCUUUGUUUCUUCA